AUGUUCAACCAGCACAGUGGAGAAAUGUUUCGGCGGCGGUACGGCCUCGAGCCGACUCUCGCGAACCUGCACAAUGUGGCAUUGCCAGGGCAACUCUCGCAGGAUACAAGCACAAUGCCUUCGCCGCAUGGAUCUGGAGAACCGUCAAGAAGCCAGAGCCAGGAGCGAGAGGGGACGUGGGGUGAGCGUGAUGUCGGAGGCCCCGUCAGCCGCGAAGAGGCCAUGGCAGAAUUCGAGGAGAUCCGCCGCGGAAUCUCCAAGAUCAGUCUGCAACGUACCGCAACUCGCGAAUCCGGUGCCGAAAAGGCCAGGACUUGGCUCUCCAGAGGUCGAUCACGCCCCUCGAUGGCUCGCACCCGAACAACAGCCUCAAGAGCCAGCACCGAUACAACUUGGGACAAAGAGGCCGGUCCGGAGCCGGUCGAGGAGGAUGACCUGGAUCUGGGUGCCUUUCUCAAGGACGGCCAUUUCGAAAAACGGACCGAGACGGGCGAGUCGGCCAAGAAGGUCGGGGUGCUGUUCAGGAACCUCACGGUGAAAGGUGUCGGUGCUCAAGCUACCUUCACAAAGACUCUUCCAGAGGCCAUCGUGGGCACUUUUGGACCCGACUUGUACCACCUUGUGACCCGAUUCGUCCCUGCUCUCAAAUUUGGCAAGCCGCCUCCGACGAGGGAUCUGAUCCACGAUUUUACUGGCAGUGUCCGCGAUGGCGAGAUGAUGCUGGUGCUCGGGCGUCCGGGAUCAGGCUGUUCGACCUUCCUCAAGGUCAUUGCCAACCAACGGGAGAGCUUUGCCGGUGUCGAAGGUCUAGUCACUUACGGGGGUAUCUCCGCCGAGGAACAAAAGAAGAGCUACCGCGGCGAAGUCAACUACAAUCCAGAGGACGACCAACACCUCCCCAAUUUGACCGUGUGGCAGACCCUGAAGUUCGCAUUGAUGAACAAGACCAAGAAGCAUGAUGCUAGCACCAUCCCCAUCAUCAUCGAUGCGCUCCUCAAGAUGUUUGGAAUCUCCCACACAAGGGACACGUUGGUGGGAAACGAGUAUGUGCGAGGUGUUUCUGGGGGUGAACGAAAACGAGUUGGCAUCGCUGAGACCUUGGCGACAAAGUCAACGGUGGUCUGUUGGGACAACUCGACGCGCGGCUUAGAUGCCUCCACCGCUUUGGACUAUGCAAAAUCGCUCCGGGUCAUGACUGACAUUUCCAACCGGACGACCGUCGUCACUCUGUAUCAGGCAGGUGAAGGUAUCUAUGAACUCAUGGAUAAAGUCUUGGUUAUUGAACAGGGUCGCAUGAUCUACCAAGGUCCGGCGAAGCAGGCGCGGCAGUAUUUCAUUGACUUAGGAUUCCAUGCUCCCGAGCGACAGACCACGGCGGACUUCCUGACUUCCGUGGGCGACCCCAACGAGCGCCAGUUCCGAAGUGGCAUGGAAGCAUCGACACCCAAAACUGCACAAGAGUUGGAGGCGGCAUACCGCAAAUCAGGCAUCUACAAAGAAGUGCUUGCCGAAGUCGAACGCUACGAGUCCGAAAUCAAAUCUUCUGAUUGUUCGGAUGCCAGGCGAUUCCAGGAGGCUGUCCAGGAACAAAAGAGCAACAGCAAGCUCAUCUCAACGCAAUCCAGCUAUACCGUCUCCUUUUGGCGUCAGGUCAUGGCUUGCACACUCCGCGAGUUUUGGCUGUUUUGGGGCGACAAGUCCACCCUGUACACUAAGGCUUUCAUCAUCGUUUCGAACGCUCUCAUUGUUGGGUCUUUGUUUUAUGGAGAAAGUCUGGAUACCAGCGGCGCCUUCUCUAGGGGUGGCGCUCUUUUCUUCUCUAUUGUGUUCCUGGGCUGGCUUCAACUGACUGAGCUGGUGAGAGCGGUCAGCGGUCGUGUCGUGAUUGAACGACAUCGCGACUAUGCGUUCUAUCGGCCCAGCGCUGUGGUUAUCGCCAGAGUUGUUCUCGAUCUGCCGGUUAUCCUGGUCCAGGCUGUCGUCUUCACCAUUGUCCUCUAUUUUAUGGCCAAUCUCGAUGUCGAAGCUGGCAAGUUUUUCAUCACCCUCCUUUUCGUGUAUAUCACCACGAUCUGCAUCACAGCUCUCUAUCGGAUGUUUGCAGCCUUCAGCCCCACAAUCGAUGACGCCGUCCGAUUCUCCGGUCUUGCGCUCAACCUCCUGGUCAUCUUUGUCGGUUACACAAUUCCCAAGACUAUAUUAACGGGGGAUGUGAUCUGGUUUGGUUGGUUGUUCUACAUCAAUCCUGUGGCAUACUCGUACGAAGCAGUGUUAACGAACGAAUUCCAUGGUCGAUUGAUGGAAUGCUCUCCCUCAAACUUGGUUCCCCGUGGCCCCAACGCCCAGCCGGGUUAUCAAGGGUGUUCACUUACCGGAGCUACCCUGGGCAGCACCAGAGUCAGCGGGGAUGCUUAUUUUCAGACUUCUUUUGGCUAUUCUCGAUCACACCUCUGGCGAAACUUUGGGGUCGUCAUUGCUUUUACAGUACUCUACAUACUCAUUACCGCUUUCGGAUCUGAGUAUUUCACAUUCACAGGAGGUGGUGGUGGUGCGCUGAUAUUCAAGAAAACCCGCAAGGCAAAGGAGAUGGUCGGCGAAGAGGCCAAACACGCGGAUGAGGAAGAGGCUGUGACACCCGCGGAUCCAGUUUCGAGCAGUACCUCAGAAAAUAUGAAGGAUGAGCAGAACGCGAUCGCCAGCGGCAUCGCCAAGAGCAAGAGUGUCUUUACGUGGGAGAAUGUCGAGUAUGAAGUCCCAUACCAAGGCGGAAAGAGAAAAUUGCUCAACGGAGUUAACGGAUAUGUCAAACCUGGAGUGAUGAUCGCUCUGAUGGGUGCCUCUGGAGCCGGUAAGACAACUUUGCUCAACACGCUCUCGCAGCGGCAGACAAUGGGCACUGUGUCUGGGGACAUGCUUGUCGACGGACGACCUCUUGGAAUCGAAUUUCAGCGAGGCACCGGCUUCUGCGAGCAGAUGGACUUACACGACGAGGCUGCCACUAUUCGUGAAGCUCUCGAGUUCUCGGCGAUUUUGAGACAAGAUCGGAAUGUGCCAAAGCAGGAGAAGCUUGACUAUGUCAACAACAUCAUCGAGUUGCUGGAACUCCACGACAUUGAGGAUGCCAUCAUUGGCUCUCUGGGUGUUGAACAGCGCAAGAGACUGACCAUUGGUGUUGAACUGGCUGCCAAGCCCGAAUUGCUCCUGUUCCUCGACGAGCCGACCAGUGGUUUGGAUUCUCAGUCUGCCUUCUCGAUUGUCCGGUUCCUGAAGAAGCUUUCGCAAGCUGGUCAAGCCAUCAUCUGCACCAUUCACCAGCCCUCUUCGAUGCUGAUCCAGCAAUUUGACAUGGUCUUGGCUCUGAACCCCGGCGGCAACCCGUUCUACUUUGGUCCCAUUGGAGAAAACGGGUCGGCUGUGAUCGAAUACUUUGCAAAACGAGGUACUCAAUGCCCGCCCAACAAGAACGUGGCCGAGUUUAUUCUCGAGACUGCCGCGAAGGGAGGAAAGAGACGAGCGGACGGAAAACGAGUCAACUGGAACAAAGAAUGGCUCGAGUCUGAAGAGAACGCGGCCAUGCUCAAGGAGAUCCAACGGCUCAAGGAAGAACGAUCCAAGGAGCCGCUCAAGGAAGUGAAGGAACAGCGCGCGUUUGCUGCUCCCGUUCCCCUACAGACGUACGAGCUCAUGAAGCGGACGUUCCGCUCGUACUGGCGCGAUCCGUCAUAUCUGUACGCGAAGCUCUUCACCAGCGUCAUCAUCGGCAUCUUUAACGGGUUCACAUUCUACAACCUCGACAACUCGGUGGCAUCGCUGCAAGAACGGUUCUUCACCUCUUUCCUCAUCAUUAUCAUCCCGCCGACCAUCGUCAACGGCGUCGUGCCCAAGUUCUACCAAAACCGCGCAUUGUGGGAAGCGCGUGAAUACCCGUCUCGGAUUUACGGGUGGUUCGCAUUCUGCACCGCACAGGUUGUCGCCGAGGUGCCCACGGCCAUCAUCAGCUCCGUCAUCUAUUGGCUGCUGUGGUACUACCCGACUGGACUCCCACGCGACAGUGAGACUGCGGGUUACAUGUUCCUGAUGACCAUGCUGUUCUACUUCUUCAUGUCGUCGUGGGGCCAGUGGAUCUGCGCCUUUGCCCCUUCCUUCACGGUGAUAUCCAACACGCUGCCGUUCUUCUUUGUGAUGGUCUCCAUCUUCAACGGUAUCGUGAGGCCGUACGACCAACUGCCCGUGUUCUGGCGAUACUGGAUGUACUAUGUCAACCCAUCUACGUGGUGGCUGCGGGGAGUGCUCUCAGCGACAAUGAAAGACCUGACGGUGCGGUGCGCGCCGGGCGAGUCGACGCUCUACAACGCCCCGCCGGGCCAGACCUGCCAGUCGUACACCCAGCCGUUCAUCGACUCGUCCGGUCUGGGGUAUGUGAGCACCCUGGCCAACGGCACGUGCGCGUACUGUCCGUAUGCGACGGGCAAGGAGUAUCUCUCCACCCUCAACACCAAGCCGAACGAGCAGUGGCGCGACUUUGGCAUCUUCUUGGUCUUUGUGUGCUCGAAUUGGCUACUGGUCUAUUUCUUCAUCUACACCGUCAGAGUCAGGAAGUGGAGCUUCGGGAUGCGCUAUGUCUCUGGCACGGCGGAGAGGCUGAUUGAGGUGGUGAAGGGGUUGGUCAAGGGGAAGAGGAGGUGA